AUGAGCGCGAGCGGCCCGGUUGUUCCCGGGGACGGCCCCGCGCUGCCGCCGCCGCCUCCCGGGCCCGGCCCGGGUCCUGCGCCGCCCGCGCCCGCCGUCGCCCGGGACGCCAUGGACGGGCGCGCUGAGCUGCCCGCCUUUCCCCGGGCCGGCGCCCCUCCGCUGGCGGCCAGCGACACUGUGCCUGCAGCACCUGAAGGGGCUGGGGCCGCCCGGCCCGCCGCGCCCCUGCGCCCCACCUCCUUCUCGGUGCUGGACAUCCUGGACCCCAACAAGUUCAACAGCCGAAGACGUCGCUGCGUGCUCCUGGGCCCGGUGGCGCCCACUGCGUGCGCUCCGUGCGCCCCGGCCCCAUGCCCGCCAGCCCCUGCCACCCCCGGCCGCCCGCCGCGCUCAGAGGAGCUGGAGCGCCGCGCCCUUGCAGCCGCCGGGGGAGCCGGAGCCGCCGCCGGAGCUGAGCUGCCGCACGCCGGCGACCCCUACAAGGCUGACGAGUCCGAGGCCAACGGCUACAGCAGUGGCAGCGGCGGCGGCGGCCGAAGCCCGAGCGCGGAUAGCGGGGACGAGGUGCCCGAGGACGACGAGGAGGAGGACGAAGCACCCCAGACGGCGGCGGCGCGCGACGCGGAGGAGGCGCGGGGUGGCAGCCUCGGGGCCCGCGGGUCGGGCUGCCCCGGCGCGGCCGAAGUUGAGGCGGCCGCCGUCGACGAGGCCGUGGUCCCGGGGCCCCGCGGGACCUCUCCCGGAGCUCCUGGCCCUCCAGGGGCCUUGGCGGCGGCGGCGGCGGCAGUAACAACUCCGGGGACCACGGGGACGACCCCGCAGGGCGCGGCGGCGGCUACUAAGCCCAAACGGAAGCGCACCGGCUCCGACUCCAAGUCGGGGAAGCCGCGGCGCGCGCGCACAGCCUUCACCUACGAGCAGUUAGUGGCGCUGGAGAACAAGUUCAAGGCCACGCGCUACCUGUCGGUGUGCGAGCGCCUCAACCUGGCGCUGUCCCUGAGCCUCACCGAGACACAGGUGAAGAUCUGGUUCCAGAACCGCCGCACCAAGUGGAAGAAGCAGAACCCGGGCGCAGACACGAGCGCGCCGACCGGUGGCGGCGGGGCCGCGGGGCCAGGCGCGGGGCCGGGCUCUGGGCUGCCCGGCGGCCUCAGCCCGCUCAGCACGUCACCGCCCAUGGGCGCGCCGCUUGCGAUGCACGGCCCGGCCGCGUACCCGGCACACGGCCCCGGCGGCCUGGUGUGCGCCGCGCAGCUGCCCUUCUUGUCGAGCCCGGCGGUGCUCUCUCCCUUCGUGCUGGGCUCGCAGACGUACGGCGCGCCUGCCUUCUACGCGCCGCACCUCUGA